AAAUUAUACGAUGAUCUGCCUAAAGAUUUGGAAAGAAAAAACAGAUGGAUGGGCUUUUUAUUUACUGGCCCAUUUAGAAGCCAUUAAUUAAGGACAUACCCACAUUCCACCACACUCUCUACCAGUCUACCCUAACCAGCCCGACAGCCGCCGCCGUUUCUCCAUCUUCCUCGCAGCGCCGGCACUACAUCUUCGCUCCCACCCCGACUCGCGCUCAACACGCAGGCGACGGCGGCAGCGCUCAGGCUCGGGCUCUCAGGGACGGCGGGGCAGUCCCAGACUCGGCGUCGUCGUCAGCGGCUACCCUUCCCGCCUCUCGCCAAUCGCCUCGCGCCCGCGACUCCGGUCCUCCGCACACCGGCCUGCGACCCUGCCAAUAGUGUAUAACUUGGAGAUAUGGAUUUGCAAGAGAAGACGACCCCAACUCAUAAAGGAAAAGGAAAGAAAAAAGAAAGCGCAAAGAAAAAAGAAAGAUCAAGGAAGAGAACGUCAUCUGUUUUGGAUUCCACUAAUGUUUCAGACACAGUCAUCAGCGAGGAAAUGUCAGAGUAUAAUCUUGAUGAACCUACUAUGGAGGAAAAACUGGCAACCCUGAAUUUAAUCAAUAGAGAGAAUGAAAUACAUGGUACUGAGAAGCAAUCGCUCUCUGUGGCACCACCAAGUGCAGAUUCAGUCCAUAUCUUGCUGAAGCAAGCUCUUCGUGCUGAUGAUAGUGUAGCACUGUUAACUUGCUUGUAUAAUAGAGAUGAGAAGGUUAUUACGAAGUCUAUAUCACUCCUAACACCAGCAGAUGUUGUGAAGCUUCUCAAGUUCUUUGUCUUGCAAAUACAAUCUAGGGGUGCAGUGUUGGUUUGUUUACUCCCGUGGCUGCAAACUUUAUUGAAUCGACACAUGAGCAGCAUAGUGUCUCAGGAGUCUUCUCUGUCAUUGCUCAACUCGCUCUACCAGCUUAUUGAUGCAAGAACGUCAACAUUUAAGUCAGCAUUGCAACUCUCUACCACUCUAGAUUACCUUUUCAGCGAGAUUGCUGAUGAUGAAGCUGAUGAGGAGGUACCACCACCGAUAAUCUAUGAAGAUAAGGACACUGAUGAUGACGAGUCCGAAGUUGAUGCUAUGGAAACCGACAGAGAAGAGGCUGAAGAGCUAGGUGCUGUUACUGAUGCCUCUGAAAAUUCAGAUGGAAGUGAGAUCAUGAGCGACUGAUUGCCUUUUACUCUCCCAACUGCUGAAGUCCAAAUAUCAACAUCAAUUAUUCACGUAAGAUGGAAUUCACGAUAAUUGCUCAAGAUAGUUGUGCUUGUACUUUGUGGAUCUUAAUUGAGUGAAUGUUUCAAAUAGCUUUUGGAUGACAUAUUGACAUUUGAGCUGAGAAAAGGGUAGUUAAUGCAAUUGAUUGAGUAAAGCAAACAUUACCCAUCUUAUAGUUUGUACUAUCUGUGAAGGGUAAUUGUUUCUGUAUAUGGUGCUUGAGGUCAUAUUUACUCAUGCUAA